AUGGGAAGGGCGACGUUGCUAUCACCGCCGUUGCUGAGCUACCGCCGCUGUUGUAAAGGCUCUGCCAUUGCCUUUGUUGCUACUGGAGAGAGGGAGACCGGAACAGCUUAUGAUAGGGUGGAUUGGAGGUUUCUGGAGAGUACUCUCAUUGCUUUUGGUUUUCCUAUCAUCACUGUUAAUUUGAUUAUGACUUGUGUCCGUGCAUCCUCUCUUUCUAUUAUGUGGAAUGGGAAUAGAUUGGAUAGUUUUGCUCCUAGAAGGGGGCUUAGACAGGGCAAUCCAAUGUCUCCUUACUUAUUUGUGCUUUGUAUGGAAAGACUUGCCUGCUAUAUAUCUCAUAAGGUGGUCGAGGGUGUGUGGAAACCAGUUUCUGUCACUAUGGGUGGCCCAAAAUUUUCUCAUUUGAUGUUUGCAGAUGAUCUCUUACUCUUCUGCCAAUCUCAUUUGAUGUUUGCAGAUGAUCUCUUGCUCUUCUGCCAGGCUACAAAAAGUCAGGUCCAAAUGGUCAUGUAUUAUCUUAAUAUUUUUUGCAAGGCAUCUGGCAUGAAAGUGAAUCUUGAAAAGUCUAAAGCUUUUUGUUCUAAAAAUGUGACUGCUCGUAGAAGAAAUAUUUUUACUAGUGUUUCUUCAAUACGUUUUGCUUUGGACUUAGGAAGAUAUCUUGGAGUUAACCUUAAUCAUUCCCGUAUCAGUAGGGCUUCUUUUCAUUCGGUGAUUGAAAAGGUGAGGGGAAGAUUAGCUAAUUGGAAAGGAAGGCUUCUAAAUAAAGCAGGGAGACUUUGCCUGAUCAAUUCUGUUGCAGCAUCCAUUCCUGUCUAUCAUAUGCAGGACAAGCCUUGGGUUGCUCUAUUGAGGGCGAAGUAUCUGAGGAAUGAGGGAGUUUUAGAUGGCCCUGUCCCUUGCAAUGCUUCUCAUGUUUGGAAGAGUAUCUCAAAGGCUUUUGGUGCUCUUAAGGAUGCCUUCUCUUGGUGUGUUGGGUCACUUGAUCAAUCUUUUUGGUUUGACAAUUGGAGUAUUGAGGGCCCAAUUGCUCAAGAUGUCCCUUUUGUACAUAUAUCUGACUCUGAUUUAACUAUUAGAGACGUUUGGAAAGAUGGUCAAUGGAAUCUCCAUGAUAUUUUAUCUAUCAUUCCAGAAGAUGUCAAACAGCGUUUGAAUGCUUAUAAUCCGGAUUUGAAUGCUGGAGAGAGUUCGGGUUGGUCGUGGGGUGUGGCAUCAUCUAGACUCUACUCAGCUAGGAGUGGGCACAGUUGGCUAGCCAAAAGAACGUUUGACUGGAAUGAGCAUGAUAAUUGGUUGUGGGUAUGGCGUCUGCAUAUUCCUGAGAAGUAUAAGUUCUUGAUUUGGCUCAGUCUUCAUAAUGCUAUUCCUACGACAGAGUUUCGUUUGGGUCGUGGUUUAGCUUUAUCUAGCACCUGUCAUCGGUGUCAGAAUGGUUCUGAAUCCAUUCUUCAUUGUCUUCGGGAGUGCCCUAGUGCCAAGGAGAUCUGGACCCUUUUAGGCCUGUAUUCAGAUAACUCGAAUUUACAUGACUGGCUCUACAGAGAUGAUUCAUGGAGUGCUAGUAAAGUGGUGAGUUUGAUUCGUAGUUCAGUAAGGAAGUUUCACACUAUUUUUGCUAUGCAUCAAUCUCUGUCUCCUCCUUCACUUUGUUUGCAUUGGGUUCCACCUCCAGUUCAUUCUGUUAAAUUGAAUUGUGAUGCUAGUUGGUUUGCUCCUUCUGGCUAUGCUGGUUUUGGUUGUAUUAUUCACAAUCCUAAUGGAUGUUGGUUGAAAGGUUGCACUGGAAAAGUCGACGUGUGCAGUGUUCUUUUUGCUGAAUUAGGACUGCAAAUAGCGUUGCAGAUUGUAUGGCUAAAGCAGCUGCUUCUGUCGCGGACAUUCACUCGAAUUGGAGCCAACCAUGGAGUGAGCUUCAACAUCUAA